AUUAAACUUAUACUAUGUAAAUAGUUCAUAAAUGAGUCAAAGUUAUCAAUAAUACCAAGUAAGUGACAUCAAUAAUUUAGUAACAGAUUCAUAGCAUGUAAAACUUUUCCAUUGCAUCCUGCAUGUAUUUCGCAAUCACGAACAUAUCGUGUAUUUCACAAUACGAAUGCGCCUUUAUAUUUGGAAGACCUCGAGAGUUACUCACUCAUCUUUGUGUAGUAACCACCUUGUUUACAAAUGGCUGUGGAACUCCGCCUGGCUGAUGUUUUUAUUGGAUCUUUAUCCAUCCAGUCAGGAAUGCAUGAGAAUAUAAUGCUGUAGUAUACAGACAGACCAGGGACAUGUUACAAGAUAUAUCGCAUCUCUUCUAAUGGCAGCUACUGAGCAAGGGAACACCCCUACCCCAGGGCUGGCAAAAGGCUGUCACACCCAACCCUGGGGCUCAGUUUUACUUUGUCAAUCACAAUGAUAGUUAUACUACCUGGAAUGAUCCAAGGACGGAUGACCAGGAACCGGUAGAGCAAGGGCUGUCUGUUUUGGAAUAUAUAAUAAGAAAGCAUGACUUUAAAAAUGCUACCUAUGAAGAUAGAGACUUUCUACAAAAAGAACUGUACAAACACUGGCAAAUCUGUAAUCGUGAAGGCAACGAAGAAACCUUGUGGGCCUGUUUGGCAGGACUUAGGGAGAAGAUCUGUGUCAAAGAUUUCCCUCCGCCACAUUCCGUAGGGGCAGAUAUGUCGAAGAUGGUGUACAAGCUAAUUUUGGACGUAAAUGGUGGGUGUGUAGAAGAUGGAAGGGUGACAGGUAAAGCCAGUGUGGAGCUGAGGUAUGAAUUCAUCCUGAGUCUGUUACAGUAUGGACUAGGAUCAUACGCUGCGUACUUCAUAAAAGAAAAGUUAGUAACGACAGAAGAUAUGGACGAAUACUUACAGGCUCUGAAAGGGGAGAAACUUACAAGAAUGAUUGACAGUUUGAAGGCAUGGCAUUAUGUACCUGAGGACCGUAAGAAGCUUGUGCAUGAAUCUCAAUCCCAUUACUGGGGUACCUGUGUGUACAAACUCCUCAAACUUAUCCUGGGUAACUACAAAAGUCAGAAAGUUUAUGAACCAGCAAUUCACCAACAGUUUCUGGAGCUGUACCUCUCAUACUUCACAAAGAUCAUGGAGGUACCUGAUGAUUAUGUGAGCCAUUUACAGUAUGCCAUGAAGAGGAUAGAGUGUGCUUACCCUGGCAAACAUAAUGAGAACCCAUACCAGGUUUUAGAAAAACCUGAUAUUCUCAGGAGGCACUGGAAGUCUGUUAAAGCCAUCAUUUGCAGCAAGAAAUUUGGAGAUGAACAUGUUGAUGUUUCAAUUGAAAUGAUCACACGCAUGAUUGACUGUAUCAUAGUAAAAUGUUGGACAGUUGAUUUUUGGGAUGAAGUGGUAGACAUGAUGAAGAUGUACUUUCUUACUCCUGAUGGCUACAACAGAGAAAGAGUGUUAAAAAGAAUUUUACAUCUAGUGAAAGACACAACAGAGGAUGUAGAAAAAUGUUGGACAGUUGGUUUUUGGGAUGAAGUGGUAGACAUGAUGAAGACGUACUUUCUUACCUCUGAUGGCAACAACAACAAAGAGAGAGUGUUAAAAAGAAUUUUACAUCUAGUGAAAGACACAAAAGAGGAUGUGUAUGAUAAAAAUCCUGAGAUUAUGGAAAAGAUGCUUACAAUGUUUAAAGAAAUCUUGGAGAAGAAGCCAAAAUAUAUGCCCAAGGCAUACUAUUACAUCACAGUUCUGGGGGAUAAAUCCAGCGCACGGAAGGGAUCAGAAAAACAUUGGUUUCCAUUGAUGAAAGCAUGUAUGAGAACUAUGCACAGGAAAGGAGUGCACAUGUGUCUUUACAUGUUCAGACAGAAGAAACUUUUGAAGAUUUGGAACUGGAAACAAAAUUACCAAGAAGCUUUGGACAUCAUUGAGCCUUUAAGUAAAGUACACCUUCACUUAAAUGGCGAUGAUAAAGAUGAGAGAUUUUUGGAGAACUGUGGGAACACCCUCUAUACACUUCUGGAGCAGUUCAACCUUGCCAAAGUCUCUGAGAAGCUGAAUGGACAUGUUGCUGAACUGGCCAUGUCUUUGAUGGAGAAACGAUCCAAACUACUGAGUCAGUGUGUCGAAAGAUUUGUCCGACAAAUGACUCUGGGGAGUAAUCAGGAGGUGAUCCCUGGCUUAAUGAAGAGAUUCUCGGUCCUCUUCUAUGACAGGGACUAUAUUUGGGAUGAUUACAACACACAUUUGUUUGGCAUGCACUUCAUGGAGAAAUCUUUACAAGCCUUCAGCUCAGGGAAAGAGAUACCUGAUGAUCUCAAUGAAACUUUGAUAGAGAUGUUUCUGUGGGUGAUGCAGACAGAAGGUUUGGACUAUGUAGACUUGAACUUUAGAGAAUUGUCUAUAUAUGGGCAUGCAGCCUCCGAAUACAUGCAGCUGUUUCUAACAAAGCAUAUUGGAACCAAGUCCUCUGAAGUCUGUAAGCCACUAAUUCCAUCCAUAGUGAAACAAAUGAAACAUGAGGAGAAAGAGCUGGCAGAGAAAAGUCAAUCCAUUGUCUAUAAUAUGAGCAUAAAUGACUACAAACUACUGGACGGACACUUAGACGCACUCGUCGUCUGGUACAAAGAAACACAUUCUGCUUUUGCGUUAAGAGCGUUAUGGAAGCCCUUUGAAGAAAGUGAUGGUUUUACAGCUCCAGACUUUAAAGAUAUGAUGGAAGCAAUAGAAGAAGACACUGACAAUUCCAAAUUAUUUACACAUGGUAUGAUGUUAAAAUUAAUGGCUGAAAGACAAGCUGAGCUGUUCACCAAAAAGCAAGUUGACUUGAUGAUUGAGAGGUUUCUAGAUGACAAACAGUCACAGUACCAUGUAUUGAUAGCAUUUGGUGAAAUAAUAGCCAGUCAGCCACAACUAUUUGGGGACAACAUGAUCAAACAUGUCCUACAAAACCCAAACUUAGAUAUGGUGAACGCUGCUUCUAUCCAAAUCAUAGCUGUCAACUUGGGGCUACAGAAAAAGGAAAUGGUAGAUACCAUUCUAGAAGAACUUAUUGCUCUGACAAAAAGUUGGACUGAUCCAAAUCACCAGAUAUCACUUUUGGAUGCUAUUCGAAUUCUGGGGGCUAAAUAUGGUGUGGAAACCCUUAAACCUCACCGUAAAUACUUUGAGGAUAUGCAUAAAUAUGGAAAAUCUUCCCCAGUCAAAGACACAUCUGCAGCUAUUGUAAAUGCAAUGGAUGGAGUCAGUAUGGAGGGUAUCAUCACUGAUGUCAUACAAACUAAGAAAAAGGUCAAAGCCCUUGACAAGAAAGUCAAAAACGUAGAAGCAGAUGUCAAAGGCGUGAAAACAGCUGUUGAUAAACAGGGCAAGGAUAUAAAAUCUGUAGAGAGCGGACUUCAAAAUGUCGAAAAACGGGUGGAUGUUGUGGAGAAAGAUCUUGAUGAAACGAAGGUCCGAGUUGAGGAGAUCGACAACAAAACGAUGUCAAACGCCCCAGCAUGGUCAAGGGAUCUUACAAAGCUAAUGAAUCCUAAGGCUGAUAAUGACUGGAGGUUGUUGGCCCAACGCUUAGGAUAUUCACUGGACGACAUCAAAGCAUGGGCCACUCAUGGUGAUCCUUGUAUGGCUCUCCUCAAUGAGUGGUAUGCCACACACAGGAUGAUUGAGGCCACACAUGCCGUACUGAAUAUUUUACAAGACAUUAACAGACUGGACGCUGCUGUCCUAGUAGAGAACGCCAUGAAAGCUGUAGAGGAUGUCGUAGAGGAAGCACAAGAGUACACCAAACCUCCUCCGAUCUUCCUUAGUUACCAGUGGGGUCACCAGAACGAGGUCAAGUUACUAAGGCAACACCUUCUAAUGGCAGGCUACGAAUGCUGGAUGGAUGUCGGACAGAUGGGAGGCGGGGAUAAACUGUUUGAGAAGAUUGACAAUGGAAUUAGAGGGACGAAGGUCAUCAUAUGCUGUGUGUCAGAGAAGUAUGCCAAGUCUCCAAACUGUAACAGAGAGGUUAAUCUAGCUGUCAACCUAGGGAAGCCAAUGAUUCCUCUCCUGAUGGAGAAAAUGGGUUGGCCCCCCCAGGGCUCCAUGGGACCCAUUUUCAGUGAGUACCUGUUUGUGAGGUUCUUCCAGCGAGGAGGAGAGGAGACCAACGACCAACGUUACUGGCCAGUUCCGAAGUUUCAUGAACUUUUGAUGCAACUCAACAUUUACAAAACCCUGCCAGAUGAAUCGCUUAUUACUAAAGAGUACAGAGACUGGUGGGUCCCUGUGGCAGAGGAAGUCACCAUCUCCAAGAAGUCAAACAAUGGUGGUCCGAACGCAGUCUCCACAUCUGAACACAAGGAAGAGGAAAACAAAUCUCCAGAUGUGUUCUUGUCGUACCAGUGGGGUAAACAGAAGCAGAUAAAACAGUUGUACAAGAGGCUGUGUGAGCUUGGUUUGACCUGCUGGAUGGACAUCUACCAGAUGGGAGGUGGAGAUUCCUUGUUUGACAAGAUUGACCGAGGUGUACGAGGCUGUAAGAUUGUUCUGAGUUGUGUCACCACCAAGUACACAGUCUCUGCCAAUUGUCGACGCGAGAUGACUUUAGCAGAUUCCCUGAAAAAACCGGUGGUAUCUCUUCUGCUGGAAAAGAUGACCUGGCCACCAACUGGGCCUAUGAGCACAGUCUUUACACAGUUUCCAUUAAUUGAUUUUGGUCGUGACGAAGAUAUCCAAAUGACUUGGACAGGGGACAAAUUUGAAGAUCUACUUGCUGAAAUUAUGGAAAACGUACCUAAUACCAUUGGAUAUAUAAAAGAUCCAAUGAGAAAUGAGAUGAAAAAGGCGAGAACAGAUACUGAUGCUAUGACAACAGAGAAGAAUGCAGAGGGAGAACAAACUGAUAACCCUGAAGCCGGAGCGGAAGAGAUGGCACUGCAAAACCCUGAAUACACCCAAUAUAACGGUUCAAACCCAGUUAUUAAACCAAAACAGAGUUCUGGAGAUAAAUCUGCAAAUUCUACAGAAGUAAACAACGAAAUGGAGGAAGAUCUACCACCACCAUAUGAGUCACUGUUUUCACAAAGUACUUCGGGAACCCAAAAUGCAGUAACUAGGAAAUCUUCCCCGAAGACCCGAUCUGUUAAAUUCUUCUUUAUUGACUCAAAGAGACUACCUCCACCGUAUUUGUACUGCCAUCAGUAUGUGGAAACUCCACCAGAGCCAACAGCAAAGCAAGAAAAUAAAAAGUCUUCCUCAUGUGUAAUUCUUUGAUGCUACUGUUAUGAGGAAAGGAAAAUACAUGAACGGAUAUGUCCGAAACUUCGCCACACUUUCAAUACUGUAUAUUAAUUUAUGUCUAAUUUUUUUGUUCUCAUUUUAGGAGGAGGACAAAAUGUGAUAUCUCCUCAGUUUAGUACUUGCUCUUUUAUUAGAUGUUUAGUGAUAUUCGUUUUUUAUUCUUUAAUUAUUUAUGAUUAAAACAACUGAUUUGUUAAGAUUUCCAUGAUUAUGCACUUUUUUUUUUGUGGACUCGCUGUUUAUGGUAUUAUUGUUUCUAUUUAGCUUCAUAUGUUCAAUUCCUGUUAACAUUUCAAUUGUAUUUGUUUUUUAUUUGCCGAGCUGAGCAUGAGGACAGACAUGUUGAAACAUGGUGAGCUGUUGUUAUCGGGAGAAUCUUGCCUUGAUUGUAGAUAGUAUUUGUUUCAAAAUAAUAAAUAAUAGUAAUUGAGGCAAUACAUUCAGAAAGUUAACGUUCCUUUGAUAGUUUAUACGUUUUAUAUUCAUUUAUUUCAAAGUUUAAUAUCUGCAUUUGUUUUUGAUAUAGAAUGUUUUCUUGUCUGACUUAUAUAAUUCAUAGUAGAAUUGGCUCCUAUAGAAAUAAACCACGACUGACAGAUUUUGAAUAGCAUUACCUCAGUGGGUAUAUGGUGUGAUUUGUGUUGUAUAAUGAUACCUUUGUCAUUGUUGUUAUGCCAUUUAUGUAUAUGUAUAUGUUUACUACACUUUGCAUAAUUACAUUUGUAUAUCCAAUACAGUGAUAAACGUAUGUAUGAACAGGUUUGACAAUCUCCAGUCUGUAUAAAUGCUUCUGUAUAUUUUUCUUUUGAAUAACAUCGGCAUCGUCAAUAUAAAUUUAAGGUCCAAUCUGUACUUAUAUUUCGAUUGCUAUAUAUGUUUAUAAGCUGUUAAGUUUUUACCCGAUUUCAACAUAAAGGGUAUUGUUUUAUUCAGUUUUGAAAUAUUUAUGUAGAACGGUUCUUUUUACCAAAAUAGUGACAACACUACUGAUGUUCUGCUCAAUGGUGUCAUUCAAUAUGGAUCAAUAAAUUUACUUUGAACUUAUAUAUUUCAUUUUAACGAUAAUACAGUAGAUUGUUCCGCAAUAUUGGUUUCGAUAUUUUUUUUUAUUUUCCCUAUUUAUAUGUAGCAAAAUUGUGUGCCAUAAUAUAUUUAUUUUACUAUUUCGUCUUUUUGAUACUGUUAAACAUUUUAUACUAUACACGUGCAUUUUACAUUCCAUACUGAAGCAGCAAUUUCUAUUAUACAUGUAUAUCAUUCCUACAAUGUUGGUUUGUGCCAUGAUAAAAUGUUAUUUUCUGAAAUACAUACACUGUGUGCCUCGUAAUUCUCAGGAUGUGUGAAUAUGAUGUUAGUUGUGAUACAUUGUUACCUGUGAUAUUUAUGUUAUACUAAGUAGUUUUUGCAUAUAUGAUUCAUGUAAUCUAUUUAAGGUUUAUUUUUCUAAAUAACAAAUGUCACAUAUUAUGUUACGCUAUAAAUACCCCCCAAAAAUUAGGUUUGUCUUUUUUAUCGUUUAAAUUUAAAGUGAAUAAAUUAUUAAUUGCAUCCCGAAGUAAUUCUAUUACACUCCACCUCUAAUUCUUAUGAUAACUUUCGGCAUUAUAAGCUAUUGUUUUCAGGUAGGCGUUAAUAAUCUUACUAUACCGUAUAUGCCAGUUCAUGCAUUUUGUGACAAAUGUUGUAUACUCGAGAUGUAGCAUCUUUAACGAUUUAGUGGCCUGUAUUUGACAGAUUAUAGAUCAACAUAAUCCAUGACUACAGCUGUAGAUGUACAUCUGUAUAUACGUAUGAUUUAUUUCGCAUGUCGUGCGUAAGGAUAGAACUUAUAAAUAUCUCAUCCCCUUGGGGUGAGACAAAGAAUCUCAAUCCCGAGGGGAAGAUUCUUAAGAUGCCAAUCAUCGGGCUUGUCGUAGUGUUUGGCAGCUGAAGAAUCUUACCCCUUGGAUUGAGAUCAGUCUCACGCCAAAGGGGUUGAAUUAUUACGUUUUUCUUACCCUGUUUACCUUUUUUGGAUCUAAUUUUGACGUUAAAUCAAUCUAAGACAAUGUUGACGUGAAGUGAUUGUAUUGCUGCCGUGACGUCGUACAAUAGUUGAGAACAUGCAAGCAGCACAUAUAACUUGUCUUAAACAAAGGGUGAGAUAAGGAAAUAUCACACUGGUAAAAUCGUGGAUAUCCCUGUCUACGAUAAGAGAAAUUAUAUUCUCUUAAUAUUUCUAAGAAAAAAGUAGUUUGUUAUGACCUACAUGUAUAAACUGGAACGCCAGAGGUGAUAUUUUGUUUGAAUUUAUAUUGUUUCUUUACGCAUUAGUACGUUAUAUAGGAAUAAAAUCUUAGAAAAGUAAUUAGAAAAUCAGACUUCUAAAAGUAAUAUUAAGAACACAAAAAAUGAGUCGUACAGUAUAUUGAUAUUAGUACACAUUUUCCUAACCCACUUUAUCACAUAGGUAAUUGGAUUUUCAUUAAAUUACGAGGCACGUGACUAGCCUGAUACCAAAAUCGUACGAAGUCACUGCUUCUGACAAUAGAAUGAAUAUUAUUAGAUACUUAUCAGCAUUUAGGCAUAGUAUCAGUUUGUAGAAAUGUUAGAGAUCACUUAUUCCUUUAUUAGUUUUUAAAAUCCGAACGAUUAUCAAUGUAUUUAUACUAAGACACACAUGUCAUUUGCAUUACAGUUGAAAUAAAGAUGUUUUUCAUUAAAUG